AUGGGCGAGCUGAAGCGAGUCAGCCGUAGCCAGCUGGCUCAAACUUCUCCUCGCAAGCGCGCUGCCCAGGCGUCUUUACAACGACUGCCGAAAUCAUGGAUUCUGACCUUCAUCCAGCAGGAUCUCAAUACUACAAGCUACAAGGAGCUAGCAGUGAUCAGGAAGCAGAAAUGUCUGUCUGCUCAAAUAGUGAUCCUCCAGACCAAGUUGAAACAACUCAACAGGGUGGACGGCUUCCAUUGGAGCCUCGCGUUUACAGGAAGUAUAGUCCCACAUCAUCUGAUGCCAAGCAUGCUGUUAACGACCUGCACUAGCAAGGCAGGUAUGCGAUUCGUGAGUCGUGAAAGACAGAUCAUCAAGUCGCGAUGCAAGCCAAACUCAGCAUUUCGGCUGACUUCUCCGAUCAGCACCUUCCGACAAAAGAGCGAUGGCACGGUCGAAAGACGAAGACUGGUAAGAGGCCAUAUAUUAGACUACAUACGACCAGGCGUACCGGCACAUAUCAAAGCCGAAAAUUUCGAUUAUUUUCCAAUUGUGUCAUUGGUCCCAUUCGAUAAUCGCGUUCCGCUGGCAAUUGAUCUCCCUUGGGUCUGGGAGUACGAGAAGGGUCGCAUGCAGAGGGAAGAGGUUACCAUUGAUGACACUCGGGCUCUGGAGAACUUACAGCAACGGAUACGCAGCUUGAAAGAGUUUGACACUGAGCUAAGGCAGAACGGUGGGGACUUUUUUAUCAUGGACGAUAGGGCAAUGUUGGAAGAAGAGGGCCAUCGACAGGAUAUAUAUCGAGGACCUAAUGAUUAUACCCAUGAGUCUUACCUUUCAUAUGACAGGCGUCCAGACCCCGACGUCUCGGGCGCUGGAGCCUUUCUAGCACCAUGGCAAAGAUUGAUAUUCUGCAAAGGUCUCUCGACCGCGGCCAAUCCGGACAGCCCUCUGUUUCAGAACGGUCAAUUUGUCGCGCUUCCCUACAUUGCCUUGGAUGAUGUCAAUCCACUUCCAAAAUAUUUGCGUCCUCUAGCCCGCGACCUAACAAGGGAUGCUAUUACGGAAGCUGUGAAGCUUCAUCUGAAUUGCUCCAGAAGAGUAGUCGGCCAAUUGAAUAACCCCUACAUGGACGCCUCCAGCUGCUUUCACAUCAGCUUUUACGAAAUGAUCAACUUCUGUGAAAAGGAGUCCUGGAAAAUAGGUCACAUGUACACAAAACUAGACGCCCUUCCUGGCAGAAAGGCUCCUCUUUUUCGCCGAAGUGCGUUCACCACACUUGUUGUCAUCGAGGACCGCUACACUGACGCUGAGCUUUCUCGUCGUCCAACGUAUACACCUCGAUUCGGAACGAUGCUGGUAUUGUGCCCGUCCGGUUCCUUCGUGCGCCCACUCAAAUAUUAUGUGGGUCAGGGCGAACAUGCUGUCAAUUGGGAAGAAGUUCUAAGCUGCAGGAGCAUCCAAAUCUGUGAGCUGGCGGUCAUCCGAGAAGUGUACUCCUUGCUCACACGUCGAUGGCUUCAGUUAAAAGAAUAUCUGGCAGAGCUUCUCCAGGAAGAUUUCAUGGAGCCGGAUAUCUAUACAAAGCUUAUCUUCGAUGAUGACAGGCUAUCGAGAUCAAAGAUGUACUUCUGGAUGCUGGCUUGUCUGCAGGAGUUCAACGUCAGCAUCACAGAUAAUGUCAACCACUGGGAGCUGUACCGACAAGCCCGAGUUGACAAUUUUACAAAAUCGGACGCCGUGGAUCCAAAGCCGAUGAUAUACGAAGUGGAUUCAUUUUGUGGAGUUCUUAAAGAAAUCAAGGUUCAAAUGGACGAGCUGGCCGCUGCUGUCCGAGCUCGCCGAGAUGGUCUUUUCAAUGCAAGUGCGUUGGGCGAGAGUAUGAACUCCACUCGCCUGGGGCAAAACGUGAAGCUUCUCACAUACGUCAGUAUCUUCUAUCUCCCACUGGCAUUUUGCGCAGCGCUAUGGGCAAUCCCCAAUAUUGAUCAGAAAGGAACCAAGACCGCCUUCAGCAUCACCGCGGUGGUGACGGGGUUGGUCAAUUACCUCCUGGUCGCCAAUCUGGAGAAUGUUGUCUAUUCUCUACAAAGCAUCUAUAACUCCUGGAGGAGAAAGCUGGUGCAGCAAAUGAAAGAUGAUCCCGCCAUUCACUGGAAAGUUCAUGGCCAGCGUCUGGAAGAGUCAUUGCCAGACCGGAGAAUGGGUCCCUCAGAGUGGACGCUUUGGUGGUAUCAGAUCAUCAAGCCUUUCCGGAGACAUUCGAGGAAGGUAGAGGAUUCUGAGGAGCUCGAGGUUUCAUCAAGUUUCUCAGAAAUCGAGUCCGGUUCAACUGGGGAUGUAUGA